CCGCACCGCGCACCUUCAAGCGUCGCAUCUUUGCAAUGGACUACAUCGCCGCCGUUGCGGCCGAAACAGGGCUGGCCAUCGACAGCGAGGCGCUCGCGCUGGCGCUGGACGCGCGGGACGAGCUGCGCGAGCUGCGCGACGAGUUUAGCAUCCCGACAGUGGGCGACAUCGCCGGCUCUGGCCCUGGCCCUGGCUCUGGCUCUGGGUCGGACUCCGACUCGGAGUCUGGCUCCAACCACAACCACGUCCACCCCGCCGCCGCCUGCACCUACUUGGCAGGCAACUCGCUCGGGCUCAUGCCGCGGCGCGCGCGGCAGCUGGUCGGCGAGGAGCUGGACGAGUGGGCGCGGCGCGGCGUCGUCGGCCACCACCGCCACUCGCACGGGCGCGCGUGGGUCGCGUACCGCGAGCGCGUCGUCGAGCUGAUGGCGCCGCUGGUGGGGGCCGGCGCGCGCGAGGUCGGCGUCAUGGCGUCGCUGACGUCGGCGCUGCACCUGCUGCUGGCGGCGUUCUACCGGCCGCACGCGCAGCGCACGCGCAUCCUGCUCGAGGCGCACGCGUUCCCGUCGGACCACUACGCGGCCGAGUCGCAGGCGCAGUGGCACGGGCUGGGCGCCGGCGCCGUGCUGCUGGCCGAGCCGCGCGCGGGCGAGCUGGUGCUGCGCACCGACGACGUGCUGGCGCUGCUGGCCGAGCGCGGCAGCGAGAUCGCCGUGGUGCUGCUCAGCGGCGUGCAGUACUACACGGGCCAGGCCUUCGACAUGGCGCGCAUCACGGCGGCGGCGCGCGCGGCCGGCUGCGUGGUCGGCUGGGACCUGGCGCACGCGGCCGGCAACGUCGCGCUGCAGCUGCACGCGUGGGGCGCCGACUUUGCGUGCUGGUGCACGUACAAGUACCUCAACGCCGGCCCAGGCGGCGUGGCCGGCUUCUUCGUGCACGAGCGCCAUGGCGCCGACCACCCGCGGCUCAAGGGCUGGUGGGGCCACGACGCCGCCACGCGCUUCGACAUGACCAACGCCUUCGCGCCGGCCGCCGGCGCCGCCGGCUUCGAGGUCAGCAACACGCCGGUGCUGGCCGCCGCCGCGCUGCUGGGGUCGCUGCAGGUCUUUGCGCGCGCCGGCGGCAUGGCGCGGCUGCGCGCAAAGUCCGAGCGGCUGACGGCGCUGCUGGAGCGGCUGCUGCAGCCGGCGCUGGUGCGCGCGCGCAUCAUCACGCCCUGCGACCCGGCGCAGCGCGGCGCGCAGCUGUCGGUGGUGUUCGACGACGCCGACGCGUUCGCCGCGGUGUUUUCCGCGCUGGCGGCCGCCGGCGUCGUGUGCGACGAGCGCAAGCCCAGCUGCAUCCGCAUUGCGCCGGCGCCGCUGUACAACAGCUACGCGGACGUGUGGCGGUGCGCAGCGGUGAUCGCGGCGGCGAUCGCGGCGGCGAUCAAAGCGGAUCAGCGGUGAGCAAAGGCGAGGGGGCGGGGCUGGGAUGGUCGGUGGCGAGUUUAGGGUUAUGCGAAUCGAGCUGGGGUUGGGGUUGGGGUUGGAGGUGGAGUGGGAGGUCACAGUUCCAAUUCAAUUCCAAAUUCAAUUCCAAUUAUAGUUCAAAUUCCAAUUCAAAUCCAAAUUCCAAUUCCAAUUCCAAUUCC